UUCCACGGUGUGACCUCGCAGGGCACGGGAAGAAGAAGUGUAGCUCUCUCACGCUGCUUGGUGGUGGUACUGGUUGGCUAGCUAUCGCUCGGUUGUAGAUCAUGGCUGCUUCAAAGCCAGUCGAGCCGCAGUCCGGCACUGGACUGCCCCGCUGGCAGCUGGCACUGUUAGUCGGGACUCCAAUAGUAUUGGGAGUGGGGGCGGUUUACCUCUGGAAUCGCAGCAGGACGAAGGAAAGGAAAGGCACCGGAGAGCGAAAAACACCAGAAGGCAGCGCCAGUCCCGUGCAGGGCCAAGACGGCGCAGCACGAGCCACCCGGGAGCAGGAGAACAUGAGUCCUCUGGAUCGUGCCCAAGCAGCAAAGAACAAGGGCAACAAGUACUUUAAGGCUGGCAAGUACGAAAACGCCAUCCAGUGUUACACAGAAGCCAUUAGUCUCUGCCCCACAGAGCAGAAGACUGAUUUAUCAACAUUUUACCAGAACAGAGCGGCAGCCUACGAACAGCAGAUGAAAUGGACAGAGGUGGUACAGGACUGUUCCCAGGCUGUGGAACUGAAUCCGCGCUAUGUCAAGGCUCUGUUCAGGAGGGCUAAAGCACUGGAGAAACUAGACAACAAGAAGGAGUGCCUAGAAGACGUCACAGCAGUGUGUAUUCUUGAGGCCUUCCAGAACCAGCAGAGCAUGCUGUUAGCAGAUAAAGUGUUAAAACAGCUGGGAAAAGAGAAGGCCAAAGAUAAAUAUAAGAACCGUGAACCGAUGAUGCCCUCUCCUCAGUUCAUCAAAUCCUACUUUAGCUCGUUCACUGAUGACAUCAUUUCUCAGCCCCUGCAAAAGGGGGAGAAAAAAGACGAAGACAAGGACAAGGAGGGCGAGACAGCUGAGGUCACUGCCAGCUCUGGGUACCUGAAGGCAAAGCAGUACAUGGAGGAGGAGAACUAUGACAAAAUCAUCAGUGAAUGCACCAAGGAGAUCGAGUCAGGUGGUCGAUACACUGCCGAGGCCCUCCUGCUGCGUGCCACAUUCUACCUGCUGAUUGGUAACGCUACUGCAGCUCAGCCUGAUUUGGACCGGGUAAUCAACAUGAAGGACGCCAAUGUGAAGCUACGAGCCAAUGCUUUGAUCAAGCGUGGAAGCAUGUACAUGCAGCAGCAGCAGCCUCUCCUCUCUACACAGGAUUUCAACAUGGCGGCCGAGAUCGACACACGCAACCCUGAUGUUUAUCAUCACAGGGGUCAGCUGAAAAUUCUGCUGGACCAGGUGGAUGAGGCAGUGGGAGACUUUGAUGAGUGUAUCCUGCUCAGGCCUGAUUCUGCUCUCGCUCAGGCACAGAAAUGUUUCGCUCUUUACAGACAAGCAUAUACUGGAAACAACCCAUCACAAGUACAGACAGCCAUGGACGGCUUUGAGGAUGUUAUCAGAAGAUUCCCAAAGUGUGCAGAAGGCUACGCUCUUUAUGCUCAGGCUUUGACUGAUCAGCAGCAGUUUGGAAAAGCAGAUGAGAUGUAUGACAAGUGCAUUGAACUGGAACCAGACAAUGCUACCACAUAUGUCCACAAGGGUUUGUUACAGCUUCAGUGGAAACAAGACCUUGACUUGGGCCUAGAGCUCAUCAGUAAGGCCAUUGAAAUUGACAACAAAUGUGACUUUGCCUAUGAAACUAUGGGAACCAUUGAAGUUCAAAGGGGCAAUCUGGACAAGGCAAUAGAAAUGUUCAACAAGGCAAUUAACCUAGCCAAGUCAGAGAUGGAGAUGGCCCAUUUGUACUCGUUAUGUGAUGCAGCAUACGCCCAGACUGAAGUGGCAAGGAAGUAUGGGCUGAAACCUCCAACACUGUAACAUCUCUUCCAGCUGGUCGCCAAUCUCUUUAUUGCUCAACCUAACUGUAUUAAAAGUGCAACUGUCUGAUUUAACUUUGAUUCGAGUACUGGAUUAUGAGGUAAAAAAAAAAGGAACAGCCCCGAAUAUAUACCAUGUUUACAUCACAUUAAAAGAAGUUUGUUAAUGCAGAAAGAGGGAUUUCUAUUUAGUCAAGUCACAGCUGUGAUCCAGGCCUCUGGUUGACUUAGUGGUCUGUCAUGGUGGGAGUAGGGUGUGAGUUUAACAGCACAGCGCUUAGCUGGUGAUUCAUCCAGAACAUUGCCAUCAAAACCUUUUAUUACCCAGAAUAAAGAGAAAGACUGUGUCAUCCAGAGAGGGAAAAAAUACAUGAAUGGCCAUGUAUACCUGUCUAAAUUAAUAGUUACCAUGUAAAAUGAAAGAGAAUUGUGUAUGCAGCCUGUUCAACCAAUUUCUGACUUUGACUUUUGUGACACUUUUAAAUCUACAGAAAAUACUGUGAGAGCUUUAUAUAGUUCUAAUGGACUGUUCACUCGUUAAUUUAUGCUGAUCUAAAGUGGUUAUGUCCUCUCACAUUAUAACAUACAUUUUCAGUUCUGAAUGCAAGAUUAAAAUUCUAGUCAAGUGUGUAAUGUCUUCGUUUGUAAUGCUGGAAUUGAUCCCAUGGACACUGAGCAACGGAAGGCUUAGUUUGCUUCCUAAAGGUUUUUUGUUUUUGUUUUUUUUUAAUCGUGGGAUUGCCUGCUGUCUUUUUUUAUAUAUAUAUAUACUUUGUGCAGCAUGUUCACUUUAUAAUUAAAAAUGCAAUGCUCGUGCUGUCUUGAACACUAGGAAAACCCCAGCUAUAAGAGACUUUGCGCAAAACAUUUUGGUUUAGAAAAACUUUAACAACCUUGUCUCUAGUUUUUGAAAAUGUUAUUUUUGGAUUGCCUCUAGCUUCAGAAGAUGUCACAGGGAUUUGGAUAUUCAGUGUUUUUUCCUAGCUUUGUUUGAGAAACUUGAUUUAUUUUCUAUUUUAUUGUAAAAUGAUUGUUUUUCAUGCUACAUUCGGUUUCAUCUUUUCACAGUAAACUCAAGACAGUGGGAUUUUUCCUUUCCUCUUCAAAUUUUAUUCACACAACCCAAGCAUUGGUGUUUCCAGGCCACACACAGCUGUGUGCUGCUCAAGUACUUUUAUUUAAAAAAAAUAAUAGUAAUAAAAAUAGCCACCACUGCUGAAGAUGUGUUUGGAAAAUUUUUGGUGUUUAGAAAACUUAAUUCAGAUCGCCCUGUCAUGUUUGUUCGUUUAGCAGCAGUAAUGGCUAAUUUUAUUGAAUGUGUGGUAGUACCAAGGAAACAAAUGCAUUCCAAGCUGCAGCCGGUGACGACUGCUCAACAAAAAUCCUCUUUCUUAAACUUACAACAUGCAUCCACACUUGUGAAAUUCAUGCUACUGUCAACAGUUAAUCUAAACUUUGGCUGUUUGAUAGAUAUUACCCUGACAUUCAUCAGUGACAUGUAUGGUGACCAAAGUGAAAAAGAAUAUAAAUCCUAAUAAAGUUACAUUUCCUGGAAUGAAUUUAACCUUUUAAAAUUUAUUGUAGCCUUACAUUCUGCAUAAAUGCACUGAAAACUGUCUUCUGUGACUUCGUUCACUGUUUCCAUGCUCUUGAACGUUUUUUUUUUAUUUGCUCAGUUUUCAUGUUGAUCUGUAACAUUAUAUGAGUAAGUAUUUGGUUUUCAUUAAAUGUGAUACAUCUCAUGAAA